UUUCCCAGGGGGCAUUGCGGACGUUCUCCCUCUUCGGCCUCCAUAAUGGGGAUAGAUAUAAAGCAUAAGCACCAAAAAAAGACUUGCCGUCGGGCGCCAGUAACACAGAACCUGUACAUCAGGUUGCUAGUGAAGCUCUACCGUUUUCUGGCCAGGCGUACCAAUGCACCAUUUAAUAAAGUUGUACUGAAGAGGCUUUGUAUGAGCCGAAAAAAUCGUCCCCCACUGGCCUUGUCUCGUAUCGUUCGCAAGAUGAAAGCCCCAGGAUAUGAAGGCAAAACUAUUGUUGUUGUUGGAACUAUCACUGAUGAUGCCAGGAUCUUUGAAGUUCCUGCUUUGAAGAUUUGUGCCUUGCGAGUGACCGAGGGUGCUCGUGCUAGAAUUCUUAAGGCUGGUGGAGAGAUCAUUACUUUUGACCAGCUGGCUCUCCGUGCACCUCUUGGCCAGAAUACAGUCCUCUUACAAGGACCCAGAAAGGUACGAGAAGCAGAAAGGCAUUUUGGACUUGCUCCUGGUGUACCUCAUAGCAGCUCCAAGCCUUUUGUAAGAUCCAAGGGACGAAAGUUUGAGCGAGCUCGUGGCCGACGCAAGAGCUGUGGCUACAAGGUGUAAAAUAAAAAUGACCACCAAAGACAAUAAAAUAUCUUCUGCUGUA